AUGCCCAGCAGGACGGGCCCCAAGAUGGACGGGAGCGGCGGCCGCGUCCGCCUGAAGGCGCACUACAACGGGGACAUCCUGAUCACCAGCUUGGACGCCACGAUGACCUUCGAGGAGCUCUGUGAGGAAGUGAGAGAGAUGUGCAGUCUGCAUCCAGGGCACCCGCUCACCCUCAAGUGGGUGGACAGUGAAGGUGACCCCUGCACUGUGUCCUCCCAGAUGGAGCUGGAGGAGGCCUUCCGCCUGGCCUGUCAGCACAGGGACGAGGGGCUCAUUAUUCACGUCUUCCCGAGCAUCCCCGAGCAGCCAGGCAUGCCGUGUCCCGGAGAAGACAAAUCGAUCUACCGCCGUGGAGCCAGAAGAUGGAGGAAGCUGUAUCGCGCCAACGGCCAUCUCUUCCAAGCCAAGCGCUUUAACAGGAGAGCGUACUGUGGCCAGUGCAGCGAAAGGAUAUGGGGUCUCGCGAGGCAGGGCUACAGGUGCAUCAACUGCAAACUGCUGGUCCAUAAACGCUGCCACGUCCUCGUCCCGCUGACCUGCAACAGGCAUAUGGAUUCUGUCAUGCCUUCCCAAGAACCUGCAGUAGAUGAUAAGGACGAUGUGGACCUUCCUCCUGAGGAGACCCAUGGAAUUGCUUAUAUUUCUUCAACCCGGAAACAUGACAACAUUAAAGAUGAUUCUGAGGACCUCAAGCCGGUUAUCGAUGGGAUGGAUGGAAUCAAGAUAUCUCAGGGGCUCGGGCUGCAGGACUUCGACCUCAUCAGGGUCAUUGGGCGCGGGAGCUAUGCCAAGGUCCUGCUGGUUCGCUUGAAGAAGAAUGACCAGAUUUACGCAAUGAAGGUGGUGAAGAAGGAGCUGGUCCACGACGACGAGGACAUUGACUGGGUGCAGACAGAGAAGCAUGUGUUCGAGCAAGCAUCCAGCAACCCCUUCCUGGUCGGCUUACACUCCUGCUUCCAGACGACAAGUCGGUUGUUCCUGGUCAUAGAGUACGUCAACGGUGGGGACCUCAUGUUCCACAUGCAGAGACAGAGGAAGCUUCCGGAGGAGCACGCCAGAUUCUACGCUGCUGAGAUUUGUGUCGCUCUCAACUUCUUACACGAGAGAGGGAUCAUCUACCGGGACCUGAAGCUGGACAACGUCCUCCUGGAUGCCGAUGGCCACAUCAAGUUAACGGACUACGGCAUGUGCAAGGAAGGCCUGGGCCCUGGUGACACGACAAGCACUUUCUGCGGAACCCCAAAUUACAUCGCCCCAGAAAUCCUGCGGGGAGAGGAGUAUGGGUUCAGCGUGGACUGGUGGGCCCUGGGCGUCCUGAUGUUCGAGAUGAUGGCCGGCCGCUCCCCCUUCGACAUCAUCACCGACAACCCUGACAUGAACACCGAGGACUACCUUUUCCAAGUGAUUCUGGAGAAGCCCAUCCGGAUCCCCCGAUUCCUCUCCGUCAAAGCCUCCCAUGUCUUGAAGGGAUUUUUAAACAAGGACCCCAAAGAGAGGCUCGGCUGCCGGCCACAGACUGGAUUUUCUGACAUCAAGUCCCACGCGUUCUUCCGCAGCAUAGACUGGGACCUGUUGGAGAAGAAGCAGGCUCUCCCGCCGUUCCAGCCGCAGAUAACCGAUGACUACGGGCUGGACAACUUCGACACGCAGUUCACCAGCGAGCCCGUGCAGCUGACCCCCGACGACGAGGACGUCAUCAAGAGGAUCGACCAGUCCGAGUUUGAAGGUUUUGAGUACAUCAACCCAUUACUGCUAUCUACCGAGGAGUCCGUGUGAGGCCGUCGUCUGUGUCGUGGACACGUCUGUGAAUGACCCCUAACUCUAUCCUUAACCACAGCGUAUGCAUGCCAGGCUGGGCGCAAGGCUCCGAGGGCCGCCAGGGAGGGACGCUGGCCGCUGAGACCACAGAGGGAGGCGUCCGGGGCGCUUCUCGGAGCAGAACGGUCUCACGUCUGGGCCCGCGGCCGGCGCCGUGCCGGAGAAAUUUGCUUCUCAUGCCUGCAUCGCGGAGGACCCACAGUGACCGUGUCCGAGGGAGAAACUAUCCCACGAUUUCGAAGGUGCACACUUUCCACAGAAACAGAACUGACCUGCUCCACCAGGAGAGUCAGCCUGUAAUGUCCUGAGGAAUAAAAUGUCCCGAUGAUGUUGAAGCUUC